AUGGCGCGGGAGGGGUGGGCGGCGGCGUUGGAGGCCCACGGCGAGGCGGCGGCGUUGGAGGCCAACGGCGAGGUGGCGGAGGCGUCGUCGUCGACGACGAGGAGAUGGAUCGUGUUGGACUUCACCGGCGAGGCGAAGGUCCUGGACGUGGACAAGUAUGCCAUAAUGCACCGGGUCCAGGUCCACGCCCGGGAUCUCAGGAUCAUCGAUCCCUUGCUCUCCUAUCCCUCCUCAAUCUUGGGACGGGAGAGGGCCAUCGUUCUCAAUCUCGAGCACAUUAAAGCGAUAAUUACGGCAGAAGAGGUGUUGCUUAGAGAUCCUUACAAUGAGAAUGUCAUUCCAGUAGUGGCGGAGCUUCACAGGCGUCUACCCACUGCCAAUGUAGUUCAGCAAGCACAAGGUGAAGGAAGCGGACACAAUGAGAUUGAAGCUGUCGAAGAACAUGAAUCUCCAUUUGAGUUUCGAGCCCUCGAAGUUGCUUUAGAAGCAAUUUGUAGCUUUCUCAGUGCUCGUACGACAGAUCUGGAAGCUGCUGCAUACCCUGCAUUAGAUGAGCUGACCUCCAAGAUUAGCAGCCGUAACUUGGACAGGGUGCGCAAGCUUAAGAGUGCAAUGACAAGGUUGACUGCUCGUGUUCAAAAGGUAAGGGAUGAACUCGAACAGUUACUGGAUGAUGACAAUGACAUGGCCGAUCUUUACUUGUCAAGAAAGAUGGCUGGAGCAUCCUCUCCUAACAGCAACUCUGUUGUGCCUAACCACUUACCUGCCUCACCAACAAUAGCUUCAAAAAUAUUUGGAGCAAGCAGAGCAAGUGCAGCAACAUUUCAUGGAAAUGAGAAUGAUGUCGAGGAACUUGAGAUGUUACUUGAGGCUUACUUUAGACAAGUUGACAGCACCUUGAACCAAUUGACCACGCUGCGGGAAUACAUCGAUGACACUGAGGACUAUAUCAAUUUUCAGCUUGACAAUCACCGAAAUCAGUUAAUUCAGUUAGAGCUUUUCUUGAAUGGCGCUACUGCUGCCCUCACUGUUUACUCUCUAGUUGCUGGGAUUUUUGGCAUGAAUAUCCCAUUUUCAUGGAAUGAUAACCAUGGAUACCUGUUCAAAUGGGUGGUUGGUAUAUCAGGACUUGUGUCUGGAUUGCUGUUCAUUUUUGUUGUUUUUUACGCUCGCUGCAGAGGACUUAUUGGGUCUUGAUUUCCAGAGAACCUGUGAGAUGUCAAAUAUUCCUAAAAAUUUGCUACUCCGCAUUGGAGGCAAGAUAAAAGUCUUGGCCCGAGGAGCUUGGUGCCUGGUUCACAACAAAAUUCCACUUCCAUGGGUCAUGGUCUAUUGUAUUAGUUCAUUUUUGUACUAUCAUUUCACAAGUAUUUCUUUUUGUUGGUGUUUCCUCUAAAAUCAAGUUAUUCAAGCCAGAAGUUCUAGAAAGAGUACAUUGGUUUGUUUUGUUUGUCUAAUACAUAUAUUUCUUCGAUCAGUUUCUUCUACCCUAUAGUUCCUUCUGUCAAGUUAUUUAGCCUGCCUCCGCUCUAUGUCCACUUGGACGCAAGCUGGCAUAAUUUGCAACCAUCCAAGGAGAUGGCGCGGUCGUUGCCGGUUUCAUUUCUAUGAAAAAUUAUGAA